AUGACAACGACGCCGUCAUCAGCUGAUAAGAACCGCCUAGACAAAGCCUACGUAGAUCACCCCACGGAGGACAACAAAGACGCUUUUUACCGCAGUCGCCGCCACCUUCAGCAACGACUGCGCGAGAGUCAGGACGCCUGGACUGCUCGCAAUGCUGAGGAGAUCCAAGACUACGCGGACCGCAACGAGUGGAAGAACUCCUUCUCCGCUAUCAAAGUUGUCUACGGUCCGCCGACGAAGGUCACUGCCCGUCUCCUCAGCGCCGACGGUAGCACCCUCCUGGCUGAGAAGACACAAAUUCUACAGCGAUGGGCCGAGCAUUUCCGAGGCGUCCUCAACAGCCCCUCCGCCAUCUCCGACGCCGCCAUAGAGCGUUUGGCGAAAGUGGAGACCAACGUGGACCUCGACCUCCCGCCAUCUCUCCAGCAAACCAUCAGGGCCGUGCAGCAGCUCUCCAGCGGGAUGGCACCCGGAUCGGACGCAAUCCCUGCUGAGGUCUACAAGCACGGUGGUUCCCAACUGAUGGAUGACCUGACUGCGCUCUUCCAGGAGAUGUGGCGUCAAGGUGAAGUCUCGGAAGGUUUCAAGGACACAACAAUUGUGCACCUAUACAAACGAAAAGGGAACCGCCAAGUCUGCGACAACCACGGCGGCAUCUCCUUGCUGAACAUCGCCGGGAAGAUCUUCGCUCGAAUCCUCCUCAACCGUCUAAAUAAACAUAUCGAACAGGGCCUUCUGCCGGAAAGCCAGUGCGGAUUCCGCCGACUUCGUGGGACCACGGACAUGAUCUUCGCCGCCCGUCAACUUCAGGAGAAGUGUCAAGAGAUGCGGACCCACCUAUACUCCACGUUCGUAGACCUGACGAAAGCCUUCGACACGAUGAAUCGUGAAGGACUGUGGAAGAUCAUGCAGAAAUUCGGCUGUCCCGAGCGUCUCAUUCAGAUGGUACAUCAGCUGCACGACCGCAUGAUAGGCGAUUCACGGACAACGGAGCUGUCUCAGAGGCAUUCGCAGUAA